UCUAUAUAAAGAAAGAGAGUGGAUCAAGAGCAGACAGGUGUGGUUUGUGAGGACACUUGGGGGGACCCAGAGAGACUGAACUGUGAGCACUAGAGAGCAAGUUAGAGAAUUACACAACUUACCUGUGCAUUUUACAAUUUCUAAAUGGCUGGUUUGAUUUAAAAACACGUUGGCACAUUUUAAUUGAUUCCUCUUCUUAAAAGUUUCAUGACCUACCAGUAUCUUAACAAAGAGGGACCAUGGCGGGUCUUGGGAAAAGCUUGGUGGUGCAGCAUGGCCUCACCUUUGCUACAGGUCUGGUGGAGUGUCUGUGUUUUGCUGGAGCCCUUUUUGGAUGGGCUUCGCUUGUUUUUGUACUGAAGAAAGAGGACUACUUCAGCUCUGAGUGCAUCAACACCACAACAGCCAAUGGAACAGACUUAGAUUGCAGUGGACAGGAUGAACAGUUCUCGCUUGUUUUCACUAUUGCUUCCUUUCUAUGCAUUUUCAUGACGCUGCCUAGUGGUUUCUUCUUUGAUUGGUUUGGGACCGCUGUGUCUAGGCUCAUUGCAAUAGUUCUUUACACAGCGGGUACCUUGUUGGUGGCCUUCUCGACUGCAGUUAUGUCCAACCUGCUCUUCCCAGCUCUCUCCUUCAUAGCAAUGGGUGGAAUACUGUUUCUAAUUACCAACAUGCCGGUGGGAAACCUGUUCGGCUCCCAUCGCUCCACCAUCAUCACUCUCUUUAACGGGGCCUUUGACUCAUCGUCAGCACUCUUUUUUUUUGUCAUCAAGCUGAUAUAUGAGGCUGGAAUCUCUGUCCGUGCCUCCUUCCUCUUCCUGUCCUCCUGCAGCGUCAUUCACCUGCUCAGGACUUUUUUCUUGAUGCCCAAAGACCACAUUCCCUACCCGUUGCCUGAUGACUACACAUACGGGCUACCCUGUGGUAAAUCAAAGACUCUGAGCUUAGAGCAGACAGCAGCCAAUGGUGACACUCAGAAGACAGCAGAGGAAAUUCCCCACAAAGACGUCAGAGUGAAACAAGAGAAGAGUUUCCGUGAGUGUGUGAUGUCCAGGCUCUUUUGGCUGCACGUGCUUUGGUUGUCAGUGAUGCAACUCAGACCUUACCUCUUCAUCGGCACCCUCAACCCCAUGCUGCAGUGGCUGACAGAGGGAGAGCCUUCACUGGUGAGCCGGUACAUUAAUGCCUUUGCUAUAACGCAGCUGUGUGGCGUGCUGUGUGCUCCCUGGAACGGUCUCAUCAUGGACAGAAACAAGGGCAAACCUCGUGCUGCAGGAGAGAGUGAACAGGAAGCAGACCUGCGGGCCACGGUGCUUUCUCUCUUCCUGACGGCGCUGCAGUGUCUGCUGUUCUCAGUUUGUGCCUCCACCCCGUACCUACCGCUUCAGUAUCUCACCUUCGUCCUGCAGGUGAUCAACCGCUCCUUCCUCUACGGCGGUAACGCAGCCUUCAUCAGUGUGGCUUUCCCGUCAUGCCACUUUGGGAAGCUGUAUGGUCUGGUCAUGGCUCUGUCUGCAGUGUUUUCUCUGCUGCAGUACGCCUGCUUCGCCCUGGUGAAUGGACCUCUGGACGGAGAUCCUUUAUAUGUGAACAUCGCUCUGACGCUGCUCAGCCUGCUCGCCUUCAUCCAUCCCCUCUUUGUCUACCUGCACUGUCGAAGUCUCGCCUCCAAGCGAGCCAUCAAUGCCUCCUCCUAAAGUCUGUGAAAUGAGACUCACAUUCAAAAUAUCUUUAAUAUCUCCAGUGACACUGUUACCUCUUCAGUUUGUUUAAUAGUGGCUAGAUUCCCAUGUCAUGUUUCAUUAAGGGCUUGUAAAUACAUUUCAGAUUGCAGUGAAGUGUCAUUUUGGGUUCAGCCAUAGCAUAUUUGCCACUCUCGGAUAAUGUUGUCAGCCAGAUUUAAUGUUUCUAUACUAAUCCAGAGCUUCUGGUGUGCAGCCUGCUGCAGUUAAUCAGUUACAAAAUAUUUUACCUCUUGUGAGUUUUCCAGUAUACAUCAUUUUAUUUUUUUACUGAUGCGUAAAUCAAACCUUUUUACACUUUUCUAGAAUUUCAGAGUGUCAGUUUAAGAUGCUGAUGUGUGUUUUGGUUUUUUUGAAAACCCAGCUUUAGCAAAUAUCAUCAUUGUCUGUUUUUACAGUUACAGUUGUGACUUGACUUUGUGUUUCUUGUAUAGACUGUAAAAAAAAAAGAUAGUGGACUCAUUCUUAAGUAAUCGAAAUGUUACCACUAACGUAUGAACUGAAAAUAUACCAUGAAGAGUCUAAGUUUUAAGACGAAAACUCACAGUGCCAAUAUUAAGAUAGCCACACCCAUAAGCAUAACCUGCUUUUUCGAAUAAUGUUAUCCUGAAAGGGACCAUGAUUUAUGCAAUGUGAGAACGUUUGCUGAGGUAAUAAAUCAAAUCAGAAGAAAGGAACAUUUUUUGAUUUACUUUCAUACAGAAUUCUUUUUGCAACAAACAGAGUCGCCCCCUGCUGGCCAUUAGAAAUAAUGCAACUUUAAGGUGCUUCUGCAUUGGCUUCACUGCUCAGGCCUGUAUGUUGGCCUUGGUUUACCAUUUUAUGUAACCAUAUAAUUUAACAUAUGUAUUGUAUUUUUUUUUUAAAUGUAUUCUUCGAAUGCACCAUAAACAUGGUGUGAUAUGUGACUAUAGUGCCAAAUUAUUACAAAUUUUAUUGUAGAACCUGAAAAUGUUACAGAUAAUGUUUAUAUCUGUGUUGACCUCUUCAAGUUAUCGCUAACUAUAUAUACACUGUACAUAUUUAUUUUUUACCUUGAAACAACGCUGCCAUCUGCUGGCUUUUCAGUUUAACUGUUAGCUGCUGAUAUCACUAUUGUGCCAAUUAUUAACCAACAUCAAAAUGAUCACCUGUUAUGUUUUGGUUAUAUUCAACAUAUGAAGUCUCAGGUGUUCAGUGUGUCUGUGUUGUUCAGUAGAAGAGUUUCAUGUAAGGAAGGAUUCUGUUUUUUGUUUUGUUUUUUUAUUAAAAGGGGAAAUAUGUACAUUUCUUUUGUUUACUGGUAAGUUUUGGGCUUUCUUUUUGUUGUAUUUUUAGUCCCAAGACUGACGUUGUUGUAAUGUUGUUGAAAUGUAACUUUAAAUAUGCAAACUUUUCAUUAUGUUGCACCAAAUUAAAUUCAUCUUUUGAUAUGUUUCAUGUCAUAAAGGG